ACUAAGCUGAGAAUGUGGCUUGGGAUCACAGUUCUAAUUUCUCUUGCUGUAUGUUUGGCAACUGAGGAAGAAAUCCCUUGCUCAAAACAUCAGCUAGCUUUCAACCACUCAUGCUACGAGUUUGUUAGACUGCAACGUACAUUCACAAGUGCCCAGAGGUGGUGUGAGAGAGGAGGGGGGCACCUUGUCUUUAUUGAAAAUGAGGAGACUCAAGAAUUCUUGCAGAAACAUAUUGCUGAGGAUCAGGAAUGGUGGAUAGGACUGAUUUCAGACUCCUUGCUGAAUGAAACUACUGACGGGUCAAUUAUUUGGCUGGACACCUCAAAUGUAAGCUACAGUAACUGGUACAAGGAUCAGCCAUCUCCUUUCUCAUCUGUGUGUGGAUACAUCCUGAAGAAUGCCAAGUAUCAGUGGGGUGUGACUGAAAACUGCAGCCAGGAGUUUGACUUCAUUUGUGAGUUUGAAAAAGGCCAGAGCAUUGCUUGUGAUAAUUACAAUGCCACCGCACAGUGUGGAUCAGGAGAAGUUAUUCAGAUUGGAGAGUCAUCCUACGGAAGGAAGACCCCUCACUACUGUGUAUUGGAGACUCCUCCCCAGAAUGACACAGAGGAAGAAUGUAGCUGGAUCAGUGUCAGAGAAGAAGUGGCAGGACAGUGUCAUGGUCUCCAGGCCUGCCAGGUGGCAGCAGAUGGCACUUUCUUUGGAGAUCCAUGUCCAGCUUCUGGCAACUACUUGUCCAUUCAGUACCACUGCAAGGAGGGUCUGCAGCUGAUUGUAACAGACACAUGUUUUAUCUUUGAAAACAUCACAAUCACUUUGAACUGGCUGCUCUCUCCAUACUCUGGCAACCUUUCCUGCAUCAUUAGCACUGGAGAUGGCCACACUGUGGAUCCUUACUACCCUCUAACACUGCUCAGCAGUGUCACACAUAGAUAUGCAUCUCCUGGGGAGUUUGUUGUUUUUGUGGAAUGCAGCACCAGCGAGUGGCAUGUGACAGCACAGAAGCGGGUGAUGGUCCAGGACAAGAUGGAUGAACUAAGCAUUACUGGCUGCUACAGCCACCACGAGUCUGGGAACGGCUCUCACUGCCGAACGCUGUAUGGAGAGUUGUUGUGGAUUCAAGUUGAACUCAAUGGAGGUAGCGGAGUGACCUACAUUGUAAUAGCAAAUAACAUGACUCUUAUUGAGUCCAGUGCAGAGGAAGGAAUUGCCCCUCACAACCUGACACUUGACAGUGCUGCUCAAGAGCUGCUAGGCCCUGGGGUACAUCAGCUGGAAAUCCGAGUGUCCAGCAACACAACUGCACCAGAGAUCUCAGAGAGCAUCGCUGUUCACCUAAUUGAGCCAGUGUCUGGUCUUCAGGCUGUAUUAGCUUCUCACACGCUGCAGCUGGGGGAGAAUUUGGAGAUAAAUGUCUCUGUGUCUCAUGGUGCCCCAGCUAAGAUGAGGUUUGAAGUGGUUGGAUCAAAUCAAACUCAUGCUCACCAGGAAGACUGCUCUCAAGGGGAACCUCAAACAUACAUCAUUCCCAUGCACUCUGAAGGUACUUUCCUAGUGAAAGUGGUGGCCAUGAAUGCUUUCUCAAAUGUGAGUCUGGAUAUUGGGUUCAUCAAUGUGCUGGCAAACAGUUCUCAUAAAGAAGAUCCUGCAAAGGAAAAAGACACCUCUAAAACAAAUACCCAAAUGACCAAAGGUCACCAAAGAAAAAACAAAAUACAUAUUAAACCGAGUCGCCAUGUGGAUCCUUUCACAACUAUUACUCUUGGCUGGCCAGAUAACAGUGAUAAUUCCAGUUUUCUCUGGUCCUGUGGAGCUUGCUGGCCUGAAUGGAAUGAAUGUGUGCAGCACCGGAUAAUCCUUACCAGCCAACAAGAGGUGCAAAUCCCACCUUCCUGCCUUCCUCCUCCGAAGUCAGCAGUGACUGUGAGGGUCACAGUGCGAAGCCACGGGAAUGAAGAGAGGCAGGACGAGCAGUGCCUCUAUGUGACUGCAAAACAAGAUCUACACCUAGAAAUCAGGUGUGAGGCAAACUGCAAGCCAGUAAAUGCUAGUGAGGAAGUUGUUUUGAGUGUGUCUGGACAGAAGGACUCCCAGGACAUGUACUAUAACUGGUACUUAGAUAACACGUUCCAAAGCAAGUCUACACCCCUCCCUCCAGCCUGCAGCCUGACUGGUUUCCGUCAGAACUCUUUGAAUUUGCUUCAAAGCAACACAUCCACGUUGAUAAUGAACAGCUCCUUCUUGCAGACGCAUGGAGAAGCUUUUCAGAUUAAAGUAACAGCACUGACUCAGCGUGCUUACGGGGAACAAACCUACCUUGUCAGCACCGUGCCGCCGCCCCAGGUCCCCAGCUGUGCUGUGUCUCCCAAGCAGGGAUCUGUGCUCACCACUUUCACAGUCUCCUGCAGCACUCCAUGCUCUGUGGAUUCGUGCCAAUCAAGUCAUAGCACACAGCUCAACUACUGCUUCUAUCUGAACUCGAAUUCUCUCCUUCACUGUGGCCCAGACCCUGAACUCUUCCCAGUUUAUCUCCCACUUGGAGAAGAGGAAAAUAAUUUCAUUUUACACGUGACAAUUACUAUUAGCAACAGUUUUGGUGAUACAGUUCACACCAAUGCUUCGGUGAAGGUUAUACAAGCAGAUACAAUCGAUGGGAACCUGACCCUGCAGACCAUUGUAUCUGAGAAGGCAAACACCAUCCUAAAAGAUGGGAACAACAGCAUGAGUCUUUUCCAGCUGUUUAAGUCAGUGACUUCAGUCCUUAAUCAUGAAACCCAAGAUGAAAACUUUAACAUAUCUUUACAGACAGACACACGAAAAGAGCUCCGAGGGCUAAUGCUGGCAACUCUCUCUGCUGUUAACGUAACAUCAGUACAAACUGCUCUUAAGAUGUCAGAAGUACUGAAAGAAAUCACUUACAGGACUGAAGAGCUGUCUGUCUCAGCACAGGUGGAAGCCAGCAAUACACUGAAGGAUGUCAGCGCAUCCUUGCUCACUGUAAACACAGAGGACAGCAGAGAUGAUCAGAAACUAACGGAUGCAGCCAGCUACCUAUUUAAUGCAGUGAGCAAUGUCCUUCAAGCCUCCACACAAAACAGAGCCACGAACACUACAGUGUCUGAGGCAGAGCAGAGUUUGGUGUCCCACCAACUCCUGAAUACAGUUGAAAAUCUGCAGAGCGCACUUCUGUUUGGGAAGGAGCCAGAUGAUGAACCCGUGGUCCUUACCACUCAUUCUGCCACAAUGUAUAUAAACAGAUUACAAACAGAAAAUAUGGAUGGUACAUCCAUUAAUAUCUCCACUUCCAGCUCUGCCAGUUUUACUCUCCCAACUGCUUCCUCUCUUGGCAUUUCAGAAGUUGAUGAUGAAACAGUGGAUAUAAGGAUGGUGAGCUUUGCCAUGAAUCCCUUUUUCUCCAGUGAUACCAGUUUUGACAUCAGUGGAACAGUGGGAGGUCUAAGUCUUACUGGUCUGGAUGGCUUGAUCAUACCAGUCAGCAAUCUUAAAGAAAACAUUGAGAUAAUAUUACCAAGGCAUUCUGCACCCCAGGAAGAUAGAAUUCAGUUGAACCUGAGCAAUUUUAGCAUUUUCCAAGUAAACAUCACCUCAGAAAACACAUCAAUAGUGAUUCAGCUGGAAUGUGAACAAGACAUUCCACUAAUACUCUACUUAGGAUAUGGUUAUCGGCCAAAUGAAACUAACUAUGACAUGAAAAGUCAUCUGUUCUAUAAGAAAACUACUGGAGGUGAAACAAAUACCUGGGUUCUUAGCCCUGAAGAACUCAUUUUUGGAGAGGGAACUUACUACUUGAUGGUUUCACAAGACAUGGGAAUGGAUUCCACUGUCUAUGACGGGCUAGCUAUAGCUGUCACUUGCUUUGCAUCCCGCUGUGUAUUUUGGGAUGAGCAGCAAGGGAACUGGAACAGCUAUGGAUGUCAGGUAGGACCAAAAACAAAUUCUAGAAGCACACAAUGUCUCUGCAACCAUCUGACCUUCUUUGGGAGCUCCUUCUUUGUCAUGCCUAAUGCUGUUGAUGUUAGCAGAACUGCACAGCUAUUUGGUACAUUUGUGGACAACCCCAUCGUGGUGACCACAGUAGGAUGUAUCUUUCUGAUAUAUGUGAUUGUAGUUAUUUGGGCCCGAAGGAAAGACAUCCAGGAUGAUGCCAAAGCAAAAAUCACAGUGCUGGAAGACAAUGAUCCCUUUGCUCAGUAUCGUUAUCUUGUGACAGUUUUCACAGGACAUCGCCGUGGGGCAGCCACAACCUCCAAGGUGACACUCACUCUCUAUGGACUAGAAGGAGAGAGUGAGCCACAUCAUCUAACUGAUCCUGAGACACCAGUGUUUGAACGUGGAGGAGUGGAUGUUUUCCUACUCUGUACCCUCUUUCCUCUAGGGGAAUUGCAGAGUAUUCGACUGUGGCAUGAUAAUUCAGGGGACAAUCCAUCCUGGUAUGUGAAUCGAGUAUUGGUACAUGACCUUGCGUGGGACCAGAAAUGGUACUUCCUCUGUAAUUCCUGGCUAGCAGUUGAUAUUGGAGAAUGUGUCCUAGAUAAAGUGUUCCCAGUAGCUACAGAGCAAGACAUGAAGCAGUUCAGCAACCUGUUUUUCAUGAAGACCUCCAAGGGUUUCCAGGAUGGGCACAUUUGGUACUCAGUUUUCAGCCGCUCCCCACGAAGCUCCUUCACACGAGCCCAGCGCGUGUCAUGCUGCUUCUCACUGCUGCUCUGCACCAUGCUGACCAGCAUCAUGUUUUGGGGAGUGCCAAAGGAUCCAGCUGAGCAGAAAAUGGAUUUGGGUAAGAUUGAGUUCACAUGGCAGGAAGUGAUGAUCGGCUUUGAAAGCUCCCUCCUCAUGUUCCCCAUCAACCUGCUCAUCGUGCAAAUUUUCAGGAACACGCGACCCCGGCCAGCCGUGCAGGGCACAGAGAAGAAGCCAAGAAAGAAUGUCCGAGUGUCCCCAAGCCUAUCUCCCGCCCCACAGGUCACCCCAGCCACCUCGCUCACUCCAGAGGCUGUAACAAAGGACAUAAGAAGAAUUGCUAACUCGCUUUUUAAAGCUUUGAAGGCUCCAUCACUGACCUCAGUAUCAGAUCUCGGAAAAUCAACUAACAUCAACAUGCUUUUGGCGUUGGUUGAAGAUGUCAUUUGCCAGCAGAAUAGAGCUGGGCAAGAGUUUUACGAUGAAAACAAAAAGAAGGAUGACCUUGUAACUGUCACACUAGGUCCUAUGGAUAUACAAGAAAAAACAAGAAGCCCAAGUCCUGAAAAGGGAAUGUGUGAGCGACUGAAGUGCAGCGAUUACAGCCGUUGCUUGUACAUGCAACUCCAGCAGGUAGAGAUGGAGCUCGAAUUACUGGGGCCCCAUAAAUUUCAGAUACCUCAGAGUUAUACUCAAGCAGUUCGGCAGGUUCAGCACAUGAAGAACCUCCUGCAGAACCAGAUUUGCACGUCAGCAUCCAUCACUGAGAGGUGGUCACUUACUCCGAGCUACUCUGGUGAUGAAAAGAAAAGUUCUUCUUCAAAAGGGCUGCCCUGGUGGUUUGUGUUCAUUGCUUGGUUCCUUGUUGCAGCCACCAGUGGUGUAUCUGGGUUCUUUACCAUGCUCUAUGGGCUGCAUUAUGGUAAGGAGAACUCCAUCAAAUGGCUGAUCUCCAUGGCCAUCUCCUUCUUUGAAAGUCUUUUCAUCACUCAGCCCUUAAAGGUGCUGGGAUUUGCUGCUUUUUUUGCUCUGGUUCUGAAGAAGGUGGAACAUGAGGAUGAAGAAAACACUGCCAUUGAUGGACCUUUACCUGCACCAGGCGACUCAAAUCCUCUCUUUGGAGCCCGACGGGACAGCAGAAGCAAUAUUUACCAGCCACCUCCUGCAGCUGAUGUUGAGAAAAUGAAAAUCAACUGCAUGAAGGAGCAGAAGGCAUUUGCCAUAAUCAGAGAAAUCCUGGCCUAUCUGGGGUUUUUAUGGAUGCUGUUACUGGUUGCCUAUGGGCAAAGAGAUCCCAAUUCCUACUAUUUAAACAAGCAUAUUGAGAGCAGUUUUUCAGAAGGAUUCUGUGAUGUCUACAGUUAUGAGGAUUUUUUCACAUGGGCAAAAACUACUUUAGUAAAAAAUCUUUAUGGAUCAUAUAAAGGGUUCAUUACAGAUGGGAACUCCAAGCUGGUGGGCAGUGCUCGAAUUCGCCAAGUGAGAGUGAAGGGAGAUACCUGCCCUAUUUCAGCCACCCUCCAGCAUGUGAUUCAGGAAUGCCAUGCUCCAUACUCUCUACAAACAGAAGACACAUCAGACUAUGGAGAACACUGGAACACUUCGGUCUUUGAUAUCUCCUCAGACUUGAGCUCAGCCUGGCAUUAUCAGAGCCAGACCAAAUUGAGAGGGCAGCCCGUCUGGGGCAAACUGGCCUUCUAUGGGGGAGGGGGAUAUGUGAUUCACCUGGGAACUGAUCCUCAGAAUGCCUCCAGAAUUCUCCAGUACCUUUUCAACAACGUUUGGCUGGACACCUUCACAAGAGCAGUGUUUGUUGAAUUUACAGUCUACAAUGCCAAUGUGAACCUGUUCUGCAUUGUAAGCCUGAUGUUUGAAACCAACGCUUUAGGGGCCUUUUUCACAAGUGCAGUGCUGCAGAGUGUCCGGCUCUACCCGUACACCAACAGUCUUCACAUUUUUGUUGUUGCUGCAGAAGUAAUUUAUUUCCUCUUUAUCGGGUACUACAUGAUCGUUCAGGGAAAACUGAUGAAGACUCUGAAAUGGAGAUAUUUCCACAGCAAGUGGAAUCUCCUGGAGGUGGCCAUUAUACUGAUUAGCUGGAGUGCCCUGUCAGUGUUUGUGAAGAGGACAAUCCUUGGGAGCCGAGACAUCAGCUACUACCAGGAGCACAAAGAGGACUCUGUAAGCUUUAAUGAAACAGCAAGAGCCGAUGCAGUUCUUGGCUACCUGAUUGCUUUCCUCGUGCUUCUCUCCACAGUGAAACUGUGGCAUCUACUGAGGCUCAACCCUAAGUUACACAUGAUCACCUCCACUCUAAGGAGAGCAUGGGGUGAUAUCUCUGGAUUCAUCGCUGUUAUUGCAAUCAUGUUUCUCGCCUAUUCCAUUGCUACAAACUUGAUAUUUGGCUGGAAGCUCUGCUCUUACAAAACUCUCUCCGAUUCAGCAGAGACCAUGGUCAGCCUUCAGCUGGGAAUCUUCAACUACGAGGAGAUCUUGGACUACAAUCCAAUUUUAGGUUCCUUCUUAAUUGGAUCCUGCAUCGUUUUCAUGACGUUCGUGGUGCUGAAUCUCUUCAUUUCAGUGAUUCUGGUUGCUUUCAGUGAGGAGCAGAAGCACUACCAGGCUUCAGAAGAGGAGGAAAUCGUGGACUUAAUGCUCAUGAAACUUUUCGGUUUCUUUGGGAUUAAAUGUAAGCAGGAAGAGAAGACGGGCUGUAACGAUCAGCCAAAGCAACCCGUCAGCAAUUAAUGGACAACCAUAACGAAAAGCUGCUUUGUUAGCGUGCAAAAGAUCGUACUUUGUAACUGCCAGCUGCAACGGCCACUUGGCUGUUGUGCUUCUGACUAGAAUGCUGUACGUAGCCUUCAACAAACUCUUGCAGACUGAUGCUUUGUAGCUAAAAACUCGCACGAAACGUGAAAUAAAGCAUCCCAUGCGCACCGCC